AUGAGCACGAGAAAAGAAGCUAUCCCGCACAGCGACAUGGUGGAGGACCCAGAGAAGAAUCUCUCAGAUUGCGAGGAUGCCGUCUCCGUUGAGCCCAACCUCAAGAUGCGCGACGGCGUCGUCCUGAUGCCGCAACCAUCUGAUGACCCCAACGACCCGCUCAACUGGUCCUGGUUCCGCAAGCACGCCGCCAUGUUCACCAUCUCGUACCUGGCCCUCGUCUGUUACGUGGCCGUGACCACGCUGGUCACGGGGACAGUGCCUCUGGCCCGGUCCCUGCACGUCUCCAAGUCUACGGCCGUUUACCUGGGCAACACCCCCGUCGCUCUCUACGCCGUGGCGCCCUGGCUCUGGAGCCCGCUGAGCCACUUUAUAGGCCGUCGCCCGGUGCUUCUCAUGAGCAAUAUCAUUGCCGUCGUUGGGGCUGUCGUUGUUACGACGUCCAAGACAUAUGCGUCGUGCAUGGUUGGCCGCGUCAUCCUCGGUGCCGGUGGUUCGGCGUUCUGGACACUGGGGCCGGCGAGUAUCGGGGACAUUUUCUUCUGCCACGAGAAGGGCAGGAAGAUUGGUGUGUCGACCUUGGCCAUUGUGGUCUCGCCAUUCUUGGGGACAAUCAUCGGCGGACCCAUUAUAGAGAACGACAAGCUGGGCUGGCCGGCCUCCCAGUGGAUCCCACUGAUUUUCAUGGGCGCCGGCUUCAUCAUGCAGAUAUUCUUCCUCCCGGAGACCAUCUACGUCCGAGAGACACGCGCGCAUCCUGCAACCAUCUCCACAUCCACGCCGGGCAAGUCCACGUUCUGGGACCGCUACGGGAUCCACAUCCCCAAGCGCUCAGAGGAGAAGCAGCACAGCUUUCUCUUCAUCGCGACGCGCCCUUUUGUCCUCUUCAAGUACCCCGCGGUGAUGCUGUCGGCCUUCUGGUUCGGCAUCGCCUACAUGAUGCACGUGGGCAUCACGGCCGAGAUCCCGCUCAUCUUCGAGGCCCAGUACAAUUUCUCCGUGCUCGGCAUCGGGCUGUCCGGCUUCUCGGGACUCAUCGGCGCCCUGCUCGGCGAGGUGUAUGCGGGACCCUCGCUGGAUCUCAUCGCUAAGCGGGCCAUGAAGCAGGGUCGCGAGUGGCGCCCUGAGUACCGCCUGAAGGCGAUCUGGCCGGCGGUUAUUGCCGUGCCGGCCGGCCUGAUCAUGUUCGGCACGUCGAUCCAGUUUGGAAAGACUUGGAUCACUCCUCUGAUCGGGCAGGCCGUUUACAUCUUCGGCAUCGAGGUUGCCACCACGGUUAUUCAAACCUACAUCCUAGAGUGUUACCCUCGCCAGGGCGCCGAGGCGAACUUGGUCUUCAACCUCAUCCGCAACUUGUUCUCCUAUACAAGCCCGUUCUUUUUGCAGCCGAUGAUUGCAAACCUCGGAACCGCCUCUCCAUUUGGUCUCUUUGCUGCCUUGACUGUGUUCUUCUUCCCUUUCACUGUGGGUGUCUUGAUGUGGCGGGGCAAACAGAUCCGGGACAAAGGAGGUGACCCGGGCUGGAGUAGGGACUAA